UAUUUGUCUCCAACUCCAUUGCACUGCGUGUAUCUUGGAAAGUGACAUUUCUUUUAUCAAUUAGUACCCUUCUCAGCUGUUAUUUAUUCACAAUAUAUUCGAAAUGCCGAACAGAAACGAACCAAGAGGAAACCAGGGACAAAAAAGGAACAAUUUUCAAAUGAAUAAUCGUGGAAAUGACAGUAAAGGAGGCGGUGAGGGUAGUUCGAAUUCAACACCGGCCAAGCCCGUCAAGCAAGAAGGUGGUCAAAGAGGCGGCGGUCCACAGCAUCAGCAUCAAUCUGGCGCUGAGAAACGCCACAACAACAGACCUCCAUAUCAAGGGGGAAACCGUAAAGACUAUCAGAAAGGAAAUGACGCACUUAAUCCACUUCCAGAAUUUGAUGGAGGACCAAGAACGGAAAAGAAGUUUACAGGGCGGUGUCGUCUUUUUGUCGGCAAUCUUGCCAACGACAUCUCGGAAUCGGAUUUCAAAAAGAUGUUUGAAAAAUAUGGUGAAGUGUCUGAAACAUUCCUGAACAGCCAAAAAGGUUUUGGUUUCAUACGAUUGGAUACAAGAUUAAAUGCAGAAGCUGCUAAAGCUGCCCUAGAUGGCACCCAACAGAAGAACCGUACCAUCAGAGUUCGUUUUGCCACACAUGGAGCAGCACUGCGAGUGAAGAACAUCCCACCCAGCACAUCAAACGAACUUCUGGAACAGGCAUUCUCAAUGUUCGGGGAGGUAGAGAGGGCUAUUGUGAUCGUAGAUGACAGAGGACGUGCAACCAAGAAUGGAAUCGUGGAGUUCUCUCGCAAGCCUGGCGCACAGAAUGCAUUGAACAGAAUCGGUCAAGGAGUUUUCCUUUUGACAGUGUCUCCAUUCCCCGUCACUGUGGAACCUCUGGAACAGAAGGACGAAGAGGAUGGCAACCAAGAGCGCUACAUCAUGAAGAACAGAGAGUAUCAGCGGGAGAGAGAGCAACCUCCCCGAUUUGCCCAGCCAGGAAGCUUCGAGUACGAGUGGGGGCAGCGCAUGAAAGCCCUGGAAGAUGAGGAGAAGAUGAAGAGAGACCAGCUGGAGAAGAACAUUGACGACUCAAGACUGAAGGUCAUGGACGAGAUGGAAAUCGCCAAGACUGAGCAUCAGGCUAUUGUUAUGCGGCAAGAGCUUAUGCGUCGCCAGGAAGAACUUCAACGCCUGGAGGAGCAACGAAGAGAGUUUGAAAUGAGGCGCAACGAGCGAGACGAGCGAAGGCGCCAGGAGGAGAACCUGUUCAGACAGCAGCAGGAAGAUGUCCUGAGACGUCGUCAGGUCCAGCAGGAUGACCUCAGGCUCCAGCAGGACAUGAUGAGGAGACAGCAGGAGGAUAACAUGAUGCAGAUGGAGGGCUCUAGACGCCCCAUGCCAGGAGGAGUUGGUGGGCCCCAGCCCCUGAUGGGGGGUGGUGGUGGUCAAGGCUCAGGUGGUGGUGGUCCCCAGGGCGGUGGUACAGACAUCUUGCCUCAGCAAAUUCAAGGAGGUGCCGGCGGGCGUCAAAGUAGGUUUGAUCAACCAGGCGGUGGCUUCAAUAAUGGCCAAAAUCGUGGACCCAACCAAGGUGGUCCUCUUCCUAGCGGUGGUGGAAACGGAGGAGGCCAAGGAGGAAACCAAGGAGGUAACCAACCAGGAGGCCAGAGUGCCAACCGAGGUGGACCAGGUGCCCCUGGAGUUCUUGGCAGUGCCCCAGGUAGUGGUCAGGUUGGGUCCCCACAGGGUGGACGUGGUGGCACACCACAGGGCGGCCGCGGCCCGGCCCAGGGUGGACGAGGCCCAGCGCAAGGGGGACGUGGCCCAGCCCAGGGAGGAGGACGAGGCCCAAACCAAGGUGGACCAGGACCCAACAUGGGAGGAGGAGGACCGGGAGGACCCGGUAACUUCGGUGGCAGGGGAGGACCAAACCGCCCCCCUAUGGAUGAAGGAAGAGGAAGGAUGCCAGUGGAGCGAAGAGACGACCGUGCUGGUGACCGUGGCCGUAUGGAACGUCGUGAUGACUACAUGGCCAAGCGCAUGCGCCGCUUCUAGAUGUCAAGGAAAAACAGCUAUUUUAGAAUCCUGAUCACUCUUAUUGAUUAGCUUAGACAUUCGAGGCCUGAGUUGUAACAAGUCAGCUUCGAUGGAUUCAUCUGCCAAGAGAAGGGACAUGAAAUUUCUAAGUCUGACAUUGAUUAAAAAAAUAAUCCCAUACAUGAUGUUUCCUGCAUCCCUUGUAAGUAAUGAUGGAAACUUAAUAUUUUAAAUGACUCAUUUUGAUUCAAGACUAGAUACAUGUAUAACGUGCUGAACAAAAGAUCUGCCUUUAUUUUAUUACAACAUUGGUAUUUUUUCCAGUCAAUCGCAAAAGAUUCCUAGACCAACAAAUUUGAUAGAUAGAUUGGGUCAGCCUUCAAUUAUUAUUUUGUAAAUAUUUCUCAAUGAUUUUUUUCAUUUCCAUUCCCCCCCCCCCCCCCCACUUCCUAUUUGCCUUGCUCCGAUUUUGAACGAGAAGGACAAGAUACAGGACUGCAAGUGCUGGGGCCAUCACUACUGCACAAAAUUCAUUUCUGUGGAUGUCGUAUCUCAUUUUAAUCUCAUAAACCAGCAUGUAAAUAUGCACCAUAAAAACCAUAAAAAAUCAUAAAGAAUUUGUUUUAAGAAAACUGACUAGUCCGUAUGUUCAGCUUUUAAUCAGUUUUGAUAUAUUUUUUGUACAUACAAGUAUUCGAUUUCCUUUACAUCCUUGAUACUCCCAGACAGUUCGUGUAAGCUUUUGUAUAUAAAUAUGUGCAGCCGUUUGCCAUAUGUAAUCACUUUUUGUUAGUUGCCUAUUAUAAGGGUGAUUUUGAAACUUGAUUUGCAGUAGGUGUACAUUGAGGAGAAAAAUAUGUGGCAAAAAAAAAAUUAAUCAAAAAUCAAAAAUAUUUAUGUAAACAAUGGAAGAAAUAUGUACAAUGGAUCACUGUGCACAUGGCUAUUUCUUAAGUAAUUUGAUUUUGUGAAUUUUAUGUACAGAAUUGAUCAUGUUCUAAAAGCAUAGUUUUGUGGAAUUACGUUGACAUUGGAAAAAAAAGUUUUGUUUUUGUGUUUUCUCGUUUACAUAGUAACCUCGCUGUUCAUGAAUGACAGAUAUUUUAAGCUUUUAGGGAAAGAAUUGGAUACUUGAGUAUUAUACCAUGUUUUUAGCUGUUGUUUUUGACGAUCUUGUGAUGUAUGUUGUGGUAAUAAGCGUAUAAUAAAUAUGUGGAACGUUGUUUGUAAGAUGAA